AUGUUCUCCGAAUAUGCCUCCCGAUUCCUUGCACAGUCCCAGUCACGGGUCAUGACUCAACCAGAUGAUGCCCGCAGAAAAGGACAUGAGCGGCUUUUGCAACAACCGCGAAAUCCUCUCUUACCAUCCUCGCGCUCAUUAUUCCACAGAAAUACGGCCGACCCCUACCAACCGGCCGGUUCUCAGAUAUCCAACUUCCCUUUCGGCUCGCGGACUCUGGCUCAGCCCGCGCCUCUUUUCUAUAGUGCCACCGACGAGUUUCGAGAGGACGAUGACGAGACCGAGCACGAGCGGGAGAUUUCCGACUUCUAUGCCUUGCAGAAAUCGCGGCGCCAGUUUGGAAGUAGCUAUUUGAGGGAAUCUUCCGAGAUCGACGACGACAACGACUCUGAAAAUUUGGACGAACAAAAGCCACCGGAUCGUGAAUACGCUGGUGCAAAAGGGAUUUGGAGUUCCUGGCGCGAUGCCAACCCCAACGGCAGAGCCCAGGAUUUGCGCGCUGACUACAGGGGGAAGACACGCCAAUCAGGAGGCGCAAACCAAGCUGAACGAAGCAGCAGCAGGCUCAGGGGAAACUUAGUUGACAUACGUUUGGAAGAUACACUCGCAUCCGACGUCGAUGCCGAUAGGGCCGACUCUCCUGGAUUUGGUGAUGACAACCCACCCUCCGUUCAAUGGUUCCGAGAGCAACCACAAUCGCGAAUGGGCAAUAUUGGGAUAGACUCAUUCCUCAUCCCAAUAGAAUCAGAAAACGCAGUAGUGCCGGAAAGAUCUCAGCCAUCAGAAUUACCUGGCUCCUAUCAAAGGUCGGCUGCCCCUGUAAGCGCGAGCUCACUCACUCAUGACGCUUUCUGGGGUCAGUUGUUCUUGAUAUCCGUGGCGUGUCUUCUUGCUACUUCGUUUCUUGUCUACCUCCACACCUCUCCUCCUUCUGGUGACAAGUCGAAAUGGGGUGACACGGUCUAUCUGACCAUACACAGUUCCUUCUACUUGCUCGGAAUUUAUACCGUCGUCUCAAUCUCCAUAUCUUUGCUCUGGCUCACACUGUUACGUUCUUAUGUCCGCCCGUUGGUUUACGUCGUCAUAUUUGCUGUUCCCGUAAUCAUGUAUUCAUUCUCCCUCUAUCCUUUCAUCUCGAGUUUUGGGGGUGCCUGGCAUGGAUCAAGCGUCCAGGACAAAGUCAUGAGAUGUGGGUCUAUUGUUCCAUUUGUUAUGGCUAGUGCGUGGAUUUACAAUGUCAUCCGGGGCCGCCGUGCCAUAGGAAGGGCAGUCGAUAUACUCGAGUUUGCAUGCCGCAUCCUCGCUGUAAAUCCAGAGCUUCUAGCCUUGGGCCUUGGCGCCCUCGUGCUGAUUGUCUUAUGGACCUGGCUGUGGAUGCUUAUGUUCACGCGAGUGUUCCUGGGGGGGCAUGUCUCUCGAUCAAGCCUCUUCGUCGUCGAUUUAAGCAGUUGGUGCUUAGGAGCUUACUAUAUCUUCGUCUAUGCAUGGUCAUUGGGAGUCAUUGCUGGUAUCCGACGUACGGUCACAGCUGCAGCAGUGAGUCAGUGGUAUUUUCAUCGCUUUACGACUCCGACUCCGACGUCCAGACAAAUUGUCCAGGCUGCAACUUUGCAUUCUGUUACAACCCUAUUUGGCACGAUUUGCCUGUCGAGUCUUUUGGCUCUAAUGGUCCGGGUCCCUCUUUUGUUGGUUCCCAGUCGCAUUGCCUCCCUCCUGAGCUUCUGCGCCUAUUCUUUCGUUCCAACUCCUAUAACUGCCAUCACAGAUCCCCUUACCCUUACGUAUGCUUCCAUUCAUUCCCAGGCACUUACGGUAUCUGCUCGUGGCCUGGCACAGAUGACAAAUCUUGCCCCCUCGAUAGCCACGUCUUCCCUGCACCCGCAGUCGUUCUCUUGGUCUCGUGGGAACUCUGCAACUCUCCUUUCCUAUCGGCUUUCGAAGCUCAUUCUGCAUGCCGCUCGUUUUAUGAUGUCCCUUGCGCUAGGAUUUGGUGGCUGGGUGAGCACUGCUCGAAGCUUAAGCGUGGCAGGAACCAACGGUUUGAUACGCGGCAGUAUGUAUGCCUACAUGGUCGGGUUCAUUGCUGGGACGAUUGGCUGGAGUGUCUUGGGUGCAAUCGAAGGCGUAAUUGCAGAUAUUGUCGAUGCAUCGAUUAUGUGUUGGAGCAGUGAGGUUGGCACUUAUGGUCGGGAAGCAAGGUACUGCCGAGAGGCUGGCUGGCUCUUUGGCCAAGAGCUCGCUUCGGAUUCUAGGCAUACACGUUUUGAAGGACCUUGA